UACCCUUUUUCUAAUUAAGUACUUUGUCCAUCAUUUUGACCUUUACUUUCUCUCUUAUCAUCAUUCUCUCACUCACUCUCUUUUCUCUCUCUCUCUCAGUCGGUCACCAUGAAACUCAACAGAAAAUCUCGUUCCUCAUCAUCUUCAUCCUCAACAGUCACCUACACAUUCAAAAAUGACAAUUCUACCCUUCCUCAACCAACUGAAAUUCCAAUCAAGUCCCCAACUUCUCCUCCCAUUAUCCCCAUCACCGUCCAUUUCCAUGAUCAUGAUGAUGCAGCUUCUAAGAUACAGUCAGCCUACCGUUCCCACAUGGUCCGCACUCUUUUAAAGAAGAUCAUAGCCGUUGGAUCAGAAGUUGAUAAGCUAGAGAGUUUGAUCCAACGGCAAGAAACAGUGGAUGCAGUGAGAAGCAGUGAAAAGGAGAAGCAUAGGAUUAAUGAAGCUUUGAUGGUACAACUUUUGAAGUUGGAUUCUGUUCGUGGAUUUGAUGAAGGUGUGAGGAUGUUGAGGAAGCAUAUGAGCCGUAGGAUUGUUGGGUUGCAAGAAGUGAUGGAUGGGAUUUGUGGUGGUGAUCAUCAUCAUCAUAGUCAUAGAGGAAUAAUGGAUGGCUGGGAUUUGUGGAGGGAUUGGGAUGAUGGGUUUGGUGGGAUUGAAGAAAAGGUUUGUAGAGAUAGAGGUGGGGAUGAGUUGGAUAAGUUUUGUCAACUUCAUUUGGGGUUUAGAUGUUUAGAGAGGUUUUUGCGUGAGGGUUGAAAAGAUAUACAUAAAACGGAGGCAUUGAUGUAGACGGAAUUCGAUCUUAGGACUUGAAUACUGCUUCUACAAGAUUUUAUCGUUAGAUAAUUGAGUGUGUAAUUUGAUGUACUAUAAUCUUGGUUGGAAUUUUAGAGUGUCAAGAUGUAUAUGUAGUAUAUGUUAAAGUGAUUUUAAUCUAUAUGAACCAUGAAUAUAUGGAUAGUUUAAUGUAUUUGAUCA